CCCGUCAGCCGCAGUCACAAUUCAACCGUUCGAUGGUGAGCAUGCUAUAAUGUGACGCGUUACGGGUGGAUCUCUUUUUACCGGAAGUAAAGAUUAUUCACUCGUCUAUUGAAUCUCAACGUACACACAGUAUUUCGAAACAAGUUGUUUCUUAUUUGACUCGUAUAAAAACAUUGUUCAGUGAUAACUUUACCCAGUGAGCGAUUGAUACGAAUCGAAGACGCUCGGAUACAAACUCCUGCUGAAUACGAGUGGAUUAAACGUUCGUAAAAGUGAUCCAGUGUUUCCGUGUGAAAAGUAAAUCGUUUUAUUUAUGUUCACAAAGUUCUCCGGUUAUUCGAUCGGUUACAAACGUUUCGUUUGUUGCAUCGUACCUUUAAGCCGGCCGGCACCCGCAUUAAAGGGAAUAUAGCGGAAGCGUUCAAGUCACGUACACCAUUUUUGACUCUAUCCCCGGCGUGAUUUUCUUUUCAUAUUUAAUUCCUCGAUCGAUUUUCUGAGUUAAAUUGUCAAAUACUGACUCGACGAUCAUUCUUGUUUCCGUGAAACUUCUAAAAACUCCAUAACGUCGAGAUGAACGCUUAUUUGCUACGAUACCGUCAGAAAUACUCUGAAAAACUGUAGAAAUUAUUAUCCACUGGAUAUUUCAAGAUACUCGUUGAAAAUGUAGCUUAUUACGACCCGUACUUCGAGUACCUUCCUUCAGAAGAAGGCCGUUAUGGUAAACGGAAUUCAUCGUCCAUCGAUUUCGUUCUGUACUCCGUUUCACUGAACGAGAAUCGGUCGAAGCUCCGCUUUUCGCUUUAAAGAAAAGAACAUUUUUUUCUUAUUGUUUGGUUGUAACGGUUCAGUGCCCUCGGGAAGCCAUGAGCGAUAUACCGCGUUUUGGAGUGAAUAUUAUUCAACGUUUCGCGAACUCUGUUCAACAGUUUUAAAGUGAUCUCUCUAUUGUGUGUAUUUCUCAGUGAAAUUUAACGUUUCACGGUGGAUAAGUGAAGAAACAAGUGGAUUAUUGUGGCAUGGAGUAACUAUCCGACGGCUAGUUGUCGUUUCUUCGCCCCCAUCAAAGGAUUAUGAUUCUGUGAACGGAUAUUUAUCAGCCGCUUGGAGAAUUUCCUCCAGGAUGAUCGAAACUUAUCUUCACGUCGGAUUCGCAUAGUCGCCACAGUGGAGUUCUGCUUAAUCGCAGAAACUCGCAAGGCAAAGAGAGAGAGAGGAACGGGGAGCAUAAAAUAUAAUCGGAGGUGCAGUACCGUCUCCAUCAGAUCGGUGGGAAUUUAAAGAAUCUUGGGAAAAAGGAAAGAAAGAUCGUUUCUGAUCGAUUUUCUGAUUUCUGCCUCGGGAGGGGGAGGUUCGAUGUUGGUCCCUCCCGUAGCCCAAAGUGGGACUCCGGAUCGUCCCGUGGGCGAUACGGGUGCCCGGGCUCAACAGACGUCCGGCCCUGCCGCGGCAGCAACCCUAUGGCCCUUGGCGCCCGCGCAGUCCAAUCAAAUUCCGAAUCAACAGUCUCAGGGCAUUCCACCCUUGGCUGCCACCCCCGCGCCGGCUCACAGUCAAGGUGUGAAUCGUUACGGGCUGUACUCGUUAUUCCCUGGGGGUGGCGGGGGUAGUUACGUCGCGGCGACUCCCGCCACCCCUGGACCACCCACACCUGCACGAGCUUAUCACGCGACAACACAUAAGGAACGAACAGUUUCAGAGAGCGUGUUCUCUGCUGCUGUGGGGGUCGGCGUGGGUGGCUACACCUGGGGUGCUCCCACACCACCCCCAGGAUCACCGUACAGUCCUGUUCCGGUUACGCAGCUCGAGCUGUUGGCUAAGAAUUUGGCCAAUCUAGCUCCUCCUGGUCAACAAGCGCUGAGUCUUCAGGGUGUCGGGGUGAACGUUGGCAGUUUGCAUCACGCACAACACACACAGCAUACCCAGCACACGCAGCACACCCUCAAUCUGACCGGUCUUCAUCAUCUUCAUCACGGAGGACUUCAUCAGAACACAUUCUCACCGCAACUGUCUCUGGUGACCGGAAACGCGCCGACGUUGACGAUCAACAGUUUCUCGUCGCCGAAUUCGACAGGGAACGUGGUGCCAACCACGGGAGUAUUGCUGCAGGAAUAUCAAUCACCUACAGGUUCGACUACCGGAUGCUCGGUCACCGUGAACGGAACCUCGUGCCCCACGAGCUCGACCACGAGCACGAUGGUGGUACAGGGUGGACAGACUGGCAACCAAGUUGUCCAGGCUAGCGGGAAGAAACGAGAGGCUUUCCUAUCCAGUCAAGGUCAGCCGGUGAAAUUGGAGAACAAAUCGACUAGACAGCCCUGUGUUUGCAGAAACAGCAACGGAAAAACGAAAACUGUGCAUUCCGAUGCAGGUUGCAGCAGGACACUGCCGGUCGCAUCGUCCUGGAACGGGCAGGAUUCAAAUUGCAACGGGAACAACAAUGGAGGUAACAAUAUGGUGAAAAGGGAACCUUUGGCUUCGGUACCCUGCCAGGUAGCUGAAGUCUCGACGUCCCUUCACGCGACCACCACCUCUGUGAAAAUUGAGCCCGUCUCCUCGAAAUCUGAAAACGGGAUCGUUGUGUCGAAUGCAGGAGCUGGUGGUGUCCCGGUUGGUAUCGCGGUGGCCAGACAGAGAUUACAGCAUCAAGAAACUUCGACUUCCAUGAGAAAUGUUUCACUGAGUCAUCACACCUCGCAUCACGCGAGCUAUCAUCACUUCCAACCCGACAAUCUGGUUAAUCCUUGCAAUGCAACGCGAACGAGCUAUUUGCCAGGUACGAGCACAGCCAUGGCAGUAGGCGGUGCGACCCUGGUGCAUUGCGGAGGAGCUGGAGGGGAGGAGCGAUCGGCCCACCUCGCCAUUCCCUCGGGAGCCCUGGCGCCCUCGUUGAACGCUGCUCUUGGCUCCAGCCUGAAUUCCAGCUUGAAUUCCAGCCUGAAUUCCACGCUGGGCAGCAUCGGUGCCGCGGCGAGCGCCGCCACCGCUGCCACGGCUGCGGCCACAGCCGCAUGGCCGCCAACCUUAUGGCAGUACCCCGCGGCAGCCGCGGCUGCUGCAGCUGCAGCUGCAGCAAUGCCGAUGGAACCAGUUGGUUUUCCACAAAUGGGUGUCGGGCUUCAAGGUGGUUUGCAAUUGGUCAGAGAUCCAACGACGGGUCACCUUCUUCUCAUCCACGCUGCAGAGCAAAUGCAACAAGCUGUAGUGUGGCCAAAUUAUUCGAAUCAUAACAAUGGGAACGUUGCACCGCCACCCCUUCUACUCCCACCACCCCCGCCGUCUCUUCAACUGUUGAGCGACAUCGGUGGAGCAAGGUUGGUCCUUACCGAAAGUAAAAGGAAGCAGCAGAGUACUCUACCUAUCGUGAAGAUAGAGGCAGAUUGUGGUGCCAGUCCUACCACAAUAAUCACAUCGACAGAAUCAACGAAGGCGUUGCAGACCGUGACUUCGAUGACCGGCACCCUGGUUCCGGAUACACCCUUGGUAACGACGUUGCACUAUUACCCCCAUACGCCAGCAUUGGUUCAAAUCAGCCAGGCCGAACCGACACACUGUAGAUCACAGCAGCGAAAUUCGUUCUUAUUAAAGGCGACGUCUCCCGUGUCCUGUCUGACGCCGCCGCCCGAAGUGACGACCAUCCACGCGAUCGAGCCACCGGAAGUGGCGCCAAUGGUGGGCGUACAGGACGCAUCGAACCAGACUGACGCGCCCGAGCCGGAGGACCAAGAAGUCGGAACGGUAGCGGAAGCCUGCGUGAAACAGGAGCAAAAUCUGAGCACCUGUCAGCUACAGGGUUCCGGUAAUCUGACAACGACCACCACCAAUCUGACGAAUCUAACAAACUUCGAGAUCGUCGCUGCCUCGCCGGAGAAGGUAUGCAAUGUCGUACGAAUAACCACGACCACGACCACGGUGAACCCGGCGGUCUGUAGCAUUGUCGGCAAGGUCGACAAAGCUGAGAACACGGUCAUCAAUAUGGCCGACUGUCCCAAAUACGCGAUCACGAAGGAGUGCCGAAGCGUCACCUCCAUUGAUAGAACGAUCGAGCACGUGGUCUCCAGACAGAUUGAUAGGGAAUACGACGACAAGACUCGCGUCGAUGAAGAAGACGACGAGGCGAUCGUGGAGGAUAGAAUGUCGCGUAGAGACUUGAAGAGCGGGCCAAGGAUCAUCGAAAUUACCGAGGAAAAUUGUGACAGUUUUCAUGAGAAUUUAGAGUUCUUUGGAAGAAGGAGAGAUCCUUUCAGGGAUCAUUCCGUGGAUCGACAGAAGGACAGGAAGAGGUACUAUGCUGCAGAGUUCGCCGAGAGAGAACGGGAUAGAGAGACUGAUCCUAAGGAGAAUUACGAGGCCGAGGAUGUCGCGAAAAUGACGGAUAAUCAUAGGCAAGUAGCCACCGCGACAGAGGACCUUGAAAGGAACGUUAAAGCGCAGACAAAAGUGUGCAAUGAAUCGAAAAUCGGGGUCAAUUGCAACGCUGAUCCUGAACCGUUGCCGCGUCCACAGAUCACAGUGAAAUCGUUCGACAUGCCGAGCAUCGACUGCGAUGAGCAGGUGGAACAAGUGGUGAUUAAACAGGAAGCCGAUGAUGGUGCGUUCGAGGAUUGUUCGUAUAGAUGCGAGGCUACGUCGAUGGCCGAGAGGCCGAGGUGUCUGGAAUCGUCGAAGAAGCACAUGGCCGAGAAGUCUCAUCCUGGUAUCGAGAACGUGGUGGAGAAGCUGAAGAAGAACGCGGUCGCUGCGCUGCAGGAGUCGGCGCCAAAAGUGGACGAUUCUAAAGAGAAGAACGUGAGAAGGCAACCGGAGGUAAUACCAAGGAAGCUGGAGAACGGCUUGAAGAAGCAUCUGCUGAGGUUCUGCGAGAAUGCCCAAUUAGCCGAGAAGCAGGAAUCGUCCAAAGAACCAGAGUCAUCUCAGAAGUCGCAGGAUGUCCGCAAAUGUCCAGCCACGACCGAGCCUUUCGAUUCACUGUUGAAUUAUCCUAGAGACUGUUAUCUAAACAACAAUAACGACGCCAGAAACGGCAACAAUAACGUGAAAGGAGCGGAAGAAAAACAGCCUCUUAUCGUCAAGGAAGAGAAGACGUCUCCGGAUACCUACGAGGUGUCCCAGAUGAACUGUACAAACAGCGUCACGCCUAAAAAGUUCAGAAAAAUGGAAGUAACGAAGGAUACGAACGUUCCAACCGUGGAUAAUCAAAGCAUUAAACCCAGGGUCAUUAUCGGUUCCAAACAGAAGCCUACGGUUGACAUAAGCGGUCUGGAGCUGUUGUCGAACAGCAUCGAGCAACUGGAGCAGUUGAAGCCGGAAGUUCAGGUCACGGUUCCGGCUGAACUGGAGAAAUCACCUGUCAAGAGUAAACUGAUGUCUCCACAGACGGAACGGAACAAUAACAACGUGGACAGCCCGUUAGGUCUGCUGUGUGCCUUAGCUGAGCAAAGGUUCAUGGAAGAAGUGGGCGACAAGGUUCCGCGGAAGUUGAAUCUGGACAGUUCCGAGGAAAUAUCUCAUGCUGGAAGGUUGUUGCUGAACUUGGGCAGGGCUGCGAUGCCGGAGAGGCAGGAAAAGAUGUCUGAGAAGAGAAAAUACGCCGGGGAGGAGGAUUACGAAGGCGCGAAGAAGUUCAAGACGAACGAAUUCGAGGAGGAAGAAUCUUAUCGAAAGGCUGACAAUGAUAAGGUUGCGGUGUUUAGGAUGAAGGAGAAGACAAGAAGGGGCUUGGAAUUCUGCGAACGAUACAGGGUGGAAGGUGAUCCAGUUCUAUUAUUGAACAACGCUGAUGUGGCGAACAACGAUCCUUACAAGAACUCAGAUUACGAGAAAACGGAAGGUUUUCAACAAUAUCCAACGAACAAUGGCGCGUAUAGUGAAAAAGAAUCCAUGGACGAUAACGACUAUUCUGAUGCUGAUAUGUAUUGCGAGAAAAUGUCUGAGAUGACCGAGGAAGGUCACGAAGGUAUAGAGAGAAGACUUUCCGUUGGUGAUCAUCGCGACUGCCACGAUUAUAGCAAUCUGCAGGCUAAAUUGGUCGCGAAGAAAUUCAUCGCUAGAAAAGGGCACAUCGAUGACGAUGCAGACUGGCCGAACAUGGACGCCAUGGAACUGGAUAUGAGAGUGCGGUUGGCUGAUAUUCAGAGGCAAUACAGGGAGAAACAGAGAGAACUAUCUAAACUGACGCCGAAAAAGGACGAGAAGAAGAGUCCUGGUAGACCUAGGAAGAAAAGCCAUUCUUCGAGCUCUGAUCACGGGCCUCUCGCAUCACCGCCAAUGUUGGAGGCAAUGUCUUCUCCGCACAAAUCUCCAGUGCAGUCUCCGGAUGGAACUUCACCGCCAUUGACCUCGGCUGUACUGGCUAUGCCAAGGUGUAACGUGAACUUGGUGAAACUGGGUGAACCGAGAAGUCAUAUUAAACUAUUGGACAGUAUACCGAGCAUUCCAAUCCCAGUUCCACCGGUGGCUUCGCCUAUCACCGUCUUACCAUCGAGCAAAGCGUCGCAGGACGACGAUGAAAAGAGUUCUGGAGGGAUGGGAUACGACACAUCGUCACCAGCACCUACGGUUGCAAGUUCAAGUUCCGCUUCGAAGAAACGGAAGGUCGGUCGACCCAGGAAGUUGAUGUGUACGUCAGGAAGUGUCAGACAUCUGACGGAAACGAUAGUCGCGAAGAAACCUAAAAGCAAAAGUUCUCUCGUUGGCUAUUUGUUGUCGUCGAAAAAUAGACACCUUCAGGCGAAAUACGUGGGUAAAACUGGGUAUACUCCGCUGCCCUUCAAGUCCGGGCUAUCCUCCAUGAGAUCUUCCUCCAAGAGUCACAAAUCCGCGAAAUCAAAGCCCAAACCCGCCAAACAGACGCCGUUGCAUAAUAAGAACGUGAUCAGUUCGAUCAUCGCGGAAAAAGCGAAGUUGAGCCAAGAGGUGAAGUUGGAGAAACAGAGUAAGAUGAAGCCGAAGCUGAAGGCGGAGGCAAAGGUGAAAACCUGGGAGGACGAUGAAUCGAACAGUGUUGCCGAAACUCCGAUACCAGAAUUUACCGUACAGGAACCUGUACAGGAGAUUCCCGUGGACACACCGGAGAGCGUUGAGACGGAACCGGAGAAGAUCAGGCACGAGAAAUCGAAGAAGAAGAAACGGAAGUCCAGCUCGUCGUCACCGUCUAGGCACAAGUCGAGCGAUCGGGAGAAGAAGGAGUCGAAGCGUAGGAAAUCGCUUGAGUGCCAAGAGUGCGCUAAAGCGGCUAGGGCCGAGAAGACGGAAAUCGUGAACAGAUGCAAAUUAACGUCGGCACACUUGGCCAUUGACCAGCUGAGGGUCUUGACUGCGAUGGGCGGUCUAUUUUACGCCGGAAGGCUCAGUGCCGUCCAAGCGCCUGACGUUUAUGCCAUCACAUUGGACGGGGAACGUGGCAACAGACCUCACAUCCAUUCCAGAGAGGAGAUCCUACGAGAUGCGAUAGUAGAAGUUUGUCCAAGCUCGACGAAGGAAUUACCGCCUGGUACCAGACUGUGCGCAUAUUGGAGCCAACAAUAUCGAUGCUUGUAUCCAGGUACCUCUGUUGAACCUUCAGAACCAGAUCCAGAACUUGACGAGAAAUUUGUCAGCGUUGAAUUCGACGAUGGGGACAGUGGAAGAAUCGCUUUGGAUGAUAUCAGGUUGUUACAACCUGAUUACCCUGUCGUUGAGUACGAUCCGAAUCCGUUGUUGUCGCUGGGCAAACGCCGCCGGCAAACGUCAGUCUCGACGGAAGACAAACGUUCGUCGAAUAGUCAGUCGGGUGUUCCGUCGAAUACAAACACCGCGGUAACUGCUGUUACGUCCACGACGAAUUGUUACGUUACUUCGUCCGAUGCACAGCCGUUGGAACGGCACAAGUCUGAGGAGAUGGACAGCAAGGAGCUAGAGGAGUAUCGCGAGAGGAAACGUAUGAAGAAGAGAAGAAAAGACAAGUUGAAGAGGUUGCAGGAGGCUCAGGAAGGAAAAAAGAAGCACAGGAGGCACAAGUGUUGCGAGGAACACAGGAAACAUAAGCACAGGAAACACAGGAAGCAUAAACAUAAGCACAGCCAUCACAGUAGUCACAGUGAUGGAAGUCACAUCAGCAGCGGGGAGAGCUGUUGCGGUCAAAAAAGCGAGGAGGAAGUGGCGAAGGAGACAGUGCCCAAGGUGGAAGAGGAAGUCGAGGAGGAACCGAUCAGAGAGGAAGAAAUAAUCCCGGAACCGGUGAAAGAACCGGUUCGCGAGGAGAAGCCUGAGAAACCGAAGAAAUCAGACAAGAAGUCAAAAAUGCGCGAGCGACAAGAGUCUGUGGAAAGUCGUAGUAAGAUGGCCGCGUUCCUUCCAGCCAGACAAUUAUGGGGUUGGGCUGGGAAAGGUUACAGACGACCCGGUGCUAAGGGUAGAGCCAAGAAGCAAUUCUUCCGAGCUAUCCAGCGCGGAAGCGAAACGAUCCAAAUCGGCGACAGUGCUGUCUUUUUAUCCACUGGCCGACCGGAUCGUCCUUACAUUGGACGCAUCGAAUCCAUGUGGGAAACUUCCAAUUCCAACAUGAUCGUUAAAGUCAAAUGGUUCUAUCAUCCUGAAGAAACUGUUGGGUGCCCGACGAACCUGAAGUAUCCGGGUGCUCUGUUCGAGUCACCGCACAUGGAUGAGAACGACGUGCAAACAAUUUCUCACAAAUGCGAGGUGCUACCCCUUCAAGAGUACACAGAGAAGCUGGGCAAAGAGCCGCACAGAUACCUGACCAUCUACGACAACAACGAUAUUUACUAUUUGGCUGGCUACUACGACCCAACCACGUACUUGUUGACUAUGCAACCAGGGGUUGUUUGAGAACAGCUUAAGCUGACGAUUAAGUUAACAGGUGUUACUUAAUUGUCGUCAGCCAAGAAAUUACUGCGAAAUUAACUAAACGCCGUGGUCGUACCGUUAGGUUUUGACGUACGCCAGGUGGAAAGUGUGGAUCGAAGGGGCGGACUGAAAAUCCAGCGAGCUGAAUGAUAUUCAAAAGCGAACUGAACAUUCGUGGAUCAAAGACAAUUCGGAUCGUACUUUUUAAUACGAUCUUAUGCUUUCUCAGAGGACGUUCGGGGUUCAGCGUCGCAAGACACAAGCGUUAUUUGUUAUCGGCACUGAGCAACACACGUUUCUUUCAGUUUCCUCGGUGGUUAUUAUAAUUGUUACAGUCGUCGUUGAGUUUUCUCCUUAAUCGAGCACAGUUGUUGAACGAUCGUUGCACCGUAUUUUCGCUUCGGUCAAGCCAGUACAUAUGAACUUUUCCCAAGACAUGUGCAAUGACACGUUGUUUCAUUUUUGUUUUGCGAAUUCGAGGAUUCGCAAGGAUUAUUUCAAGGCUUGUGCCCUUGUAUAACGAAAGAGCGAUCGAACGACGGUUCUCUUUCUUUCCGAAGCUCAUUUAUCGUCGAAUAAAAAUCGACGACUAAAUAAAGGAACAAAUACAUUAAUAUUAUAUACACAGGAGAGAUGCAAUAUGUAUUCCGAGUGGCAUUACGAAGACGCCAAUAAAAAAAAGAAAGAAGUUUUAUUGAUUGUACAUAUUGAGAAGUAGUAUUCCGUAAACUGUACAUAAACCGUUAAGCGUGUAUAAUCUGUAAGCGUAAAUCAGAUUACAAUCUGAUCGUUAAUCGUUAGACCGGUGUUAAAUAUUGUUGUCUAAUCGCGAAAAAACCCAAACACACAUGCAUACACAUUGAAGAUAUGGUUGAGAUAUUUCCCCGCGUACCUUGUAUUUUCAUCAAAUCGAAGUAAAUGGCCUGUUCUUUGACACAGUCCUCGAGCUUUUAGCUAAUCUUUCGAAAUACUCUUGAAACGUACUUAGAUCGACGCUUUGACGGCCUCACGUUUCAUUCCUUCUCAAACUCUCAGCAACUUUUUCAGCUGCCUCCUUUUUCUAUUUAACAUCUUGCCUUAUAUCGAGCCCGAUUUCUAAACGACUAAUAAAUCUUACUCGUAGGAUAUUUAAUCGAUCGUUCUGUUUUCAUUCAGAUAGAAUUUUGUUUCGUGGAAACCGUAUCCGAAUUAGGAGGGUACAGAUCAACCCUGUUCACACUCUUCGAGAUUCUCUCCAAUCUACAGCGGUAAAUUGAGAAAUUGUAAUUAGUAGGAUAAUUGACUGAUAGCCGUCAGAGUGUUAACAGAGUGUCUCUUUACGUUUCCUUUUCUCUCUUUAUAAGUUUAACGACGACACGGUCGCUGGUGAUACGAGACAAGGUGCUACACGAUCUUUUUUGUUUGCUACGCGCUCGUUACUGUUUCCAAGUGUUGAUAUUCGCGAAUGCUGUUUCGGAUUAAGACAUUUUUCUACCCGAUCAUUUUACUAUUUCUCCGCUGUAAGUUCGUCAGCGAGAAGAAAGCCGGCCCACUUUCGGUUUCAUCGAAAGUAAUUAAUCGACGAAUCAAUCGUAGACGGAUGUAUGUACAAUCACCGCUCGACUUUUCCGCCGACUACACGUAUACUCAUUAUCGAGUCGAGAUCACGACGAGUGUUUCUCAGCCCUGUUUCCGUCUUAUCGCGAGACGAGGCACGAUUUUAGUACAAACUGCAAAUACAAUAAAUAGCCAUGCGUUCUUCUCGGUAGAUUUUCAUCUCGGCGAUAACUCUUUGAAAGAGACGAAGGAAGAAAAAAGAAAAAUGAAAAAAAAAAAAAAGACAAAAAAAGAAACAGAACAAAACGGAGUACUUAUUAUUAUGACGCGAACGAUUGUCGUCGUCGUGUAAAUAGAAGAUUCGUAAGUGUACGUGAUCGACGAGAGGCAUGUCUUAGACACCCUCGUCGAUAACCAUAGAAUUCUAUUUCUACUUCUAUUUCUAUUUCUAGCCUUUACGUAGAUUAUCCUCUGAGGUCGAUCGAUUCGAUCGCGCACAGUGCGUACAAUCUGUACAUGACAUAGUAUUUUUUCAAUUUAAGAAGCAAAGAAAAUCGAGACCGGGGUUUAAAAGAGGACGAAUAUAAAUAACGAGGGAAGUAUAAUCGAGAGAUUCGUCGGUCACAGUGGUUCAAUUUCUUCUCUCGAGCCACGUCCCUUUGGCGUGGAAAUGAUUUUCUUCGGAAACGCUGCGCUGAAAAAUGUUUAAUAUCGCGCAAAAAAAAUAGUGUCGUUUUGAUACGCUUCGAUUCUGUGCAGCCUACUGAUAGAGACAAUGUAGACGAGGCACAUUCGCUUGUAGAUUUGUAAAUAUAUUAGCGAUUAGGUGGAUGGAGAUAAGUGUCAGUGUCCCUGGCCCUUUUUUUUAUACCUUUCUCGAUCCGUCGUCGACACUACGUUUCGCGACAGAAAAAUGAAAAAUACAAAAAAAAAAAAGUAAUUCGAGCGUACGUCAUUGUACAUAUAAGCAUGAUGAAUACUAAGGAGACACCGACAUUUCGCGACGAAGCUUCUCUUCUGCCAUUCGAAAGUAUUGGAGUGCUUGAUUGAUUUAGAACCUAUAUGUUAAUUACACUCGGUAAAUAUUAUAAAUUUUUAAUAUCCUCUAUAUUAUAUUUCGAGGACCUCUGUUAAUGUUGCCGAAAAUUUUGUGAAUAAUUUUGCCAAAUUUCUAAAGUAUAAAAUUUGUGUGUCUAAAGGGGUAGAUCUACGUCGUCAGGAUCUAUGAUCUUUUUCAUAGAGCGUAGAUCUAUGGCCUAGAUAAACCUAAUAAUAUAAGUAAAUAAUAAAAUGAAUCAUGAUUAUGAUUAUUUGGCAAUAAAUAAAAUUUAAACAUCAAGUUUCCUAAUACUUUUGAGUGGUGGUAUACAUACAUUGGUGAAGAAGGGUGAAAAAUAGUAUGUAGGACGUUUCUUUCGAUAAGUUUAUCAACUUUGAGGACGAUAAAUAAAGUAGUCUCCGUACAUUUUAUUAGAACUUAUUUUAACAUUGUAUCAUUUCUGUCUCAGACGUAAAGGAAUUGAUUGUUUCAAAAUUUGUGAAAUUCUUAAGAUUGAAACGAUCAAACUCCAAGUGACGGAUAUUAGAUUUUUUUUAAGUUACGGAAAUUAUUAACGUGCUUUUGUCGAAAUAUAUAUCGACUUUUGUCGAUAAUAAAUAAUAACUCUAUAUGUUAACUUAUUUUCCAUCCUUCAUUUAUUUAUUCUUCCAAUUUACUUUCUACUCAAAAGUAGGUAUACGAUAUUAAAAAUUUUAUAUGAGCAAUAUUAGCUAUAUUAUUCAUAAGAUAUUAAAGUUUCAUUUUGAAAAUUCGGCUUCGUUAUUUUUGCGACAGAUAACGUACUAAUGAAUUUAAUAUAAUAUUUAUUAUUGAUAUGAACGAGGAUAAUCCAUCAAAAUAUUAACAAUUAAAUUAACGGAUGACCAAACAUUCCCCAUUGAAACGAUAUUCAUGAAUUAAUGUAAAUUAUUUUCAUUUGUAUAUUACGUAUUUGUCAUUUUCUGCGUUGAAAAUGUACAAUGUCAAACAAGUUUCAAUUAAAUGUACGGAGACAGUUUUGAUAGAUGUAUACAGGGUGUAAAAAAUGUUUAACCCUUUUAGUAAUACGGACCACCAUAGUCAGUUAAAAAUUAAAUUUGGAAAUAACAAAUAUGGGAAAAUGGUAAAGAAAUUAAUUUUCAAGGAAUCAUUACUAUCAAACUAUUAUAAUAAAAAUUAUACUGACUAGAUGCAAAGGUAUAAAAAUAUUUGUUACAUAUUUCCUUUCUCACUUUUUUUAAUCUUUAUGUAAAUCGAGCAAAAUCUUAUAAAAUGAAGGAAGUUCGACCCUGCAUCAUUUUCUUACACCCUGUAUAUUUAUCAAAAGGGAUAACUGUAAGCGUGAACAGUAUAUAAAAUUGAUAAAAGAUAAGCGUACACUGUUCGAGCUAGUCCAGCAGCUACAUAAGGGUAGUUUUUAAGCUUACAAAUGAAGGUAAUGGAUAGACGAUGGGUUCUCUUUUUUUAAGGAACGAUACGAGCAAAACUAUUACUCUACUAUUAUCAAUAUUACAUUUAUUAGUAUCAUUACUACUACUAUCAUUAUCAUCAUCACUAUUAUUAACAUUAUUACUAUUAUAAUAAUUGCUCGUAGCCUUUGUUUUUCUUUUAUUGAAACAUAAAUGCCUCGUGUAUCUAUUACCGUAAAACAAAGGAUCCCUUUUUCGUCAAGUUGCAUACUCGAUUGCCAUUUUCAUUCGCGCGAGAGGAAAAAUGAGAAAAUAUAAAAUUCGUGAUAAGGUAAGGAUGGACGAGAGAUUAUUUGCGAACUUGUAUAUUUUGCGUGAAUAAUCGAACGCGUGGAUGACUGGUGACAGAAAGAGAUAGGGAGAGAAAGGUGAACAAAAUAAAAGAAGAUAAUAUUUUAUUCUAAAGAAUCGAAAUUAUAUUAUAUUUUAAUAACGGAGCCGCGGGUAGUCGAUUUAACGAAGUAGUUCGAGCAAGCGUGUGCGAACGAACGAAAAAGAAAAAAAAAGAAAAAGAAAAAAGAUUACAAAAAAAAAAAAAGAAAUGGUACGAAGAUAAGACGGUGAGAAUGAGAAAUCUUUUAAGUAGACGAGCGACCUGUUUUUGAACUCAAAAGUCUGAGAACAAGAUUUCAGGAUAAGCAAAGAGACAACAAUUGAAUUUCAUUUAUAUUUUCUUAUGCGACACUUUUUUGUAUGCUGUAUGACGUGUGUGCGUGUGGAUGCAAGGCAAGUCUUGGUUGACGUUUCAUUUGUAAAAAUAAAAUGAAGCUAAAAAGAACAAAAAAAGAAAGGAGAAAUGACAUAUGAAAUUCGAAGAUUUCGAUGAAACGUGCUGAAAAAAGAAGACACAUAUUGAGCUAUCGUGUAAAUAAGUAUUAUCUAUUUUGUUUCGUUUUUCUUCCUUUUUUAUCUGCAAAUCAGUUGCAGAUUUCUUUUUCUACUCGGUAUAAGACUCUCGUAUUUAUGUUGGGGACAUUUUCAAUAAAUAUAGUUCUUACGGGACUUGGCAACAAAAUCGAUGAAAAUUUACCUGUCUUCUUAGUAUUAUUAUUUUCUCUUUUCGUAACACUUCUAAAGGCUUUGGUAGCUUUCUUACGGUUGUCAGGGAACGGAGUUGUAAAAUAGAAUAGUAACUUUGCAAUAUCUUCAAAUUUUUCGAAGUUGAAGCUGGGUCAAUCGUGGUCCAUGCUUAUGAAAAAUACUCACCGGUAUUUCCCCUAAAAUAAUAUUUCCAAAAAUUUAAAUGUCGGUUCAUUUCCUUGAUCGUAUGAAAGCUUAGCCUAUUUUUCAAUGAUUUUCCUGAGAACCAAGCGAAUCACGUGGUGCCCAAAUUGUUGAAAAAAGAAAAAGGAAAAUUCUGUGAUAAAAUUAUCUCGUUGACGACGACGCUUCGAGUGAAAGCGAAAUUGACAGUUAACGAAAGGAACACUUUUGCAGGAAAAUUCCUCAUUUCUAUCGAAAUAAACGACACGAAGGGUCGAUGAACUUCGCCUGCUUCGUUAACCGUAGUCGAGUGUUUGCUCGUUUAAGAACGAAUCGAAACGAUAAUUGUUUAACACACUAAUGAACAGCGACAGUUUCUGAUUUUUAAAAGCAUUUGUAUUCACCAAAAUUAGUAUUUGUCAUUAGGAAUGAAUAAUAAAUUUAAAAAUUAAAUUCUAAAUAUUAAUAAAAUUAUAUCUGACAGUUUGUAAGAUUACUAAUUAUUUUAUUUUAAUUGGUAAACUGAAUCUGGAGAGAUCAUCCCGUUUGUGAUUUCUGAGUCACCCUGUACGUUUGAAAGCAUGUAAAAUGUCGAACGAGAAAUACUAUAAAAUCGUAAGAGCAUCGUAUAUUUUCCCUCUAUUUUUUCGUGUACGAAGAAGAAUAAUGAAUCUGUCGCAAGAUCGAUGUUCAAAGUCGUUUUCGAUAGAGUUGUAAGAAGUAUAGCGAGCGUUCAUCGAUCGUUUCCAAGAGAAUUUCCUCGUCGAUUCGAAGCCAGCUGGGCAAAUUGUAGGACAAAAUCGAAUCGAUCGACAAAAGACCAUCCCGACGAUCAGAAAGAAAGGGUGCGUACACACAAAACGAGGAGGGUGUGAAGGUGUGCUUGUGCGAGUGAUCGAACAGAAUGCAAAGCGAAAAAUCUAGGAUGUCUUUAAGAAAAGGUGUACACCGUGAAAACCGUGGAUAAUUCUUGAUAAAUAAAAUUGAUAAAUCCUUUCCGAUUUCACAAUUUGAAAUUUCGUUUUCGAUAUAUAAGUAAUUAAAAGUCAGCUGUUUGAUUCUUUCGCCAUCUUUAGAUCUUUGAUCCAACAGCUGAUCGAGUUGCUGCAGAUAGUAGCAAUUCAAAUUGAAUCUCUAUACAAUUCAAAAUUAAUAACAAAAAUUUGAAACAAAUUUUGUGUUAAUUUAAAUCCUUCUUUAUAUUUCGAAAAUGAAAUCCCAAAUUGCAAAGGUUCCUCGAAGAAAAGGAACGUUAAGUCUUGCACUUUUCAUGGUGUACACAUUUUUUUGAGACAGCCAGUACAAUACCGAAAUAGAAGUGGUCUUCGUACUAUGCUUUUAGAAAAGUCAGCCAGCCAUUUAUAAAAUAAAACUUACUACCGGUGUAUUAUUCAUUGUCUCAAUGUUACAUGAUUGAUUAACAAUCAAUUAGUUGUCCAGUUUAACACACCUAUGACAAAGAUACAUGGAUCAGUCGAGAACUUAAUGCGCACACACGUUUGUUAACACGAUUAUGGAUAAAAGCAAGACGAAAGGAGAGAUAGACAUAUACCGGGUGUAUCAAAAAUGUUGUACGCAUAUAAAAGACAAAAACGAAAAAUUCUUUAUCAUUUUGUAGUCGUUUACCUAAGAGAUUCGAUAUACAAUUUGGAAUUGUUUUUAUCUUAAAAACGAAGCUACGGUUUGGAAAAUGAUAAAUCGUAUCCUUGUACUUUUCAUUGUGUACAACAAUUUUGAAUCGUCCUGUAUAACCGCGGCAUAUUUAUAUUGUACACGUGCACGCAGAUUUGAUGGGAAGUGAUGUAAGUCGGAGAUGCGUGAUCAUUGUAAUAUCUAUCAUCAUUGAUUUUGUACAUAUAAUAUCGAUGAUAGGGGUAAAAUUCGAAAGAGAUGUAAGGUAACGAGAGAAAGACAUUAGGCAGAACUUUUGUUCGAACCGAGAGAAGGAAUACAGAUUCUUGUUUACUUCUGUUAGCUAAGUACUUGGCCAACAAUAAAAUGCAUAUUAGAUAUAAAA